AGAUAGUCAAUGAUAAGUAUUUCAGUAUCAUGCGAUCUAAAGAUCGUUCUUAAUUGCCUUAGACAAGAAUAGCAAGCGCGCUUUAAUUUUUACAUUGCGUAUUAAUUAAUCACAAACCAACUUGUACACGUGCGGAAAUUCGUCAUCAAUAUUUAGAAGUGAUACAUAUACAAGAUGAGGGAGAUAGUUCACAUACAAGCAGGGCAGUGUGGAAAUCAAAUCGGUUCUAAGUUUUGGGAGGUAAUUUCGGAUGAACAUGGAAUAGACCCUAGUGGAAUUUAUCAUGGCGACUCUGACCUACAACUUGAGAGGAUCAGUGUUUACUUUAGCGAAGCGAGCGGAAACAAAUAUGUACCUAGAGCAAUUCUACUUGAUUUGGAACCAGGAACCAUGGAUUCUGUGCGAUCUGGUCCCUUUGGUGAACUCUUUCGACCUGACAACUACAUAUUUGGUCAGUCAGGAGCUGGAAACAACUGGGCCAAAGGCCAUUACACGGAAGGAGCCGAAUUGGUAGAUACUGUCAUGGAUGUCAUCCGAAGAGAGACGGAAACAUGCGAUUGUCUACAAGGUUUCCAGAUGGCGCAUUCAUUGGGUGGAGGAACGGGAUCUGGCAUGGGAACAUUAUUGAUAAGUAAAAUCCGCGAAGAAUAUCCGGACAGGAUAAUGAACACAUUUUCUGUGAUGCCAUCUCCAAAGGUUUCCGACACCGUUGUUGAGCCAUACAAUGCAACCUUGUCAGUUCAUCAGCUUGUUGAAAACACAGACGAGACUUUCUGUAUCGACAACGAGGCCCUCUACGACAUAUGUUUCAGGACAUUGAAGUUGACCACACCCACAUAUGGAGAUUUAAACCAUCUUGUGUCGGCAACAAUGUCAGGCGUAACUACCUGUCUUAGAUUUCCAGGACAAUUAAAUGCAGAUUUGAGGAAAUUAGCCGUUAAUAUGGUUCCGUUUCCUCGUCUUCAUUUCUUCAUGCCAGGGUUCGUACCAUUAACAUCACGUGGUAGUCAACAGUAUCGCGCACUUACUGUACCGGAACUAACACAACAGAUGUUUGAUUCUAAGAACAUGAUGACUGCUUGUGACCCUCGCCAUGGGAGAUAUUUGACUGUUGCAUGCAUGUUUCGCGGACCAAUGUCAAUGAAAGAGGUCGAUGAACAAAUGCUUAAUAUUCAAAACAAAAACAGUUCAUACUUUGUAGAAUGGAUUCCAAACAAUGUCAAAACUGCUGUCUGUGACAUUCCACCUCGAGGCUUGAAAAUGUCGGCUACUUUUAUUGGUAACAGUACAGCAAUUCAAGAAAUAUUUAAGCGAAUUUCUGAGCAGUUUACAGCUAUGUUUCGCCGUAAAGCUUUUCUUCAUUGGUAUACUGGUGAAGGAAUGGAUGAGAUGGAAUUUACCGAGGCGGAGUCGAAUAUGAACGAUUUAGUUUCUGAAUAUCAACAGUACCAGGAUGCAACAGCAGAUGACAUGGACGAUUUUGAUGAGCAAGAAGAAGAUGAACUUGAUGAAAUGUAAAAUUUCAAACACUCAUUUUUUCGCACAGUAUAAAUAACACAAGAUUUGCCUUUAUA